AUGCCAUUGAAAGACUCUGGGACCCUUGGCUAUGUCCUAGAGGCUUUCCAAGAGUGGCGCAAGUUGCCUGCUGUGGACCGUGCCGAUAUCUGCGCACGUAGGGCUGUAGACCUGGGCAACAGUGACAAGGAGAUCUUUGCCACCCUACCUACAGGGGAUCUUUGGUUGGAUGCUCGUGUCCAUGAAACCUUCCUCUAUCUGUACGGGUCAAAGAACUGCAAGUGGCUUGUCGUAUAUGCUAGCAUGCCCAGUGGUCCCAUAGUAGGCUUCCUUGGCCGGCUGCGCUAUGCUCCCCGUGAUCUGAGGAUACCGGACAGCUGGACUGGUGUCAUGGAGAGCUUCAAGGACGAGGUACUUCAGCAAGCCCCUGGCCUUUCAUAUGACCAUCUGUAA